AUGUUUUCUGAACUACACAUUAACAUCGGUCCAACAUUGAGGGUAAUAGAGAGUGCUAGGCGGCAAAUACCGGCAGUUUCUGAUUCGGGUAAAGCGCAACUUCGCGAUGUGCACGACAGCCUGAGGCACGCCGGCGUCGUUUGCUUCUGUUUGGCUUUCGAGAGAAUGAUAACAACAAUCUUCCCAAGAGCCUUGUCGAGACAAUCUUCGAUACGGAUAUAUCAAUCAUCAAUAUGUUUUGGAUUGUAUCCCAUUCUCAAACACCGCUACCACACGUCGCAGAACAUUAGAGAGUUCAACCAGGAGCGUCUCCCACGGAGUUGCACGAGGAACAUCCAGUAUGCCUUCGACCCAGUCAACAUUGCGGCCACAAAUCGACCAUCCAAUCUAUUCUCCUUCCUACGCCCUGAAAAUGUUUCGCUCCCCAAUUUCCAGCACGCCAAUUCCAUUGUCCCGCCGAGUCUCGGUGUCCCAUGGCCCACCUCCUUCCCUUCCUGCUUUCAGUCGAAAUACUGGGAAGAAAUGGAGGAGACGACAAGGGCAUAUACCCAAGAACUUCUAGCACAACGACCGGGAAGUUAUCAAGCGAAAUAUAUUGAGGCAAUGAUCGACGCGGCAGUCUCACUACUGGUAAAUACGGCACCAAUGGGCAACUUGACGAGGAUGAAGGUCCUCGCAAAGCUCUACGUGUUCUUCUUCGUGAGCGAUGAUCUAGUUGAUUCCGGGAAUCGAGUGAUGAUGAUCCCCAGUCAUAUCGAGGGGAAAGAGGAACAAGGACCGGAAUAUACAGUCUACAAUAUGUUGGCCAAAGAGAUCCUUUCGGAAGAUCUUGUCCAGGGGAAACGAUUGCUGGAAAGCGUCAUAUCCUGGACAUCGGCGACUCAACAGACACCCCCUGAGACGUUUCCCACAUUAGAGGACUAUAUGUCGUAUCGGGCGGGUGAUGUGGGAGCAUAUGCCGUGUUCCGCAGUAUGGAGUUCGCUUGCAAUGUUUCCUUUUCCGACGCUGAUUUCGAAGCCGUCGCGCGUCUCAGAUCACUCUGUGAAAGGCAUUUCCUACUGACCAAUGAUCUGUACUCCUAUGCCAAAGAAGCAGUCGCAGAACAGAAGCAUGGCGCUUCGGUCCUCAACGCCGUUCGAGUCGUUCAGCGCUUGAUGAAUAUCUCUGAAGAUUCCGCAAAGGCGAUUGUUCGCCAACUUAUCUGGGAUGUAGAACGCCAGAUGAACGAGGAAUACGAACGUCUGCUUCCGGGUGCUCCAAAGUCGCAGCUAACAUGCGCUCGGGGUCUAAUUGUCUCCGCUGCAGGGAACAUGUUCUUCUCAGCCACCUGUGCUCGCUAUGCGCGAGUCAUUGAGGGGUCAAGAUUGCAUACAUAG